AGGAGGAGAGGAGGAGGAAGAGACGAGCUGCUGUGGGAAUCAGCAGCAUCGUUGAUUUUCACAGGAGCCAAGGCAACUCUCCUCUGUUGCCGUGACGAUGGGCUGCUGGCUCUCCGGACCAUGGAUGGGCGAUCAAACGAUGAGUGGGCGGAGUCUAGCAAACCUGAGCCAGCGGGAUGCUCUGCGAAUCCUGGCGGCCAGUCAGCAUCCAAUCACCAUGCAGAUCAAGGGUCAGAGGGGGUGUGGCGCUGAGGCAGACAGGGGAGCGUGGGAGCCCCUCCCCCUCAAUCUGCAGCACCUCAACCUGCCCCUCCCAGUGAUGGGGGCGGGACUUAACGCAUCAAGCCCCUCCUACCAGGACAGACAUUACUACAGCCACCUGUCUCUGCCACAAGAUCACUGCGAUAGAGGACGGUACAGCUACCUGUCCAGCUCCCCUGGGGACACUGUGGACAUCGGCCACCAGGAUCCAGAACUGAGCAGCCGUCGACCGAAGGAGCAGAACUGUCUGAUGAGAUGUUGCAAUUCCAACCUGGAAGAACAGAAUCGCUGCCACAGUCAGACUGAUGAUGAAGACUUCAUGCUGGAGAAGCAAAUGGGCUUCCUGCCUCUCCACCAUGAGCUGGACAGUGGGCUGGGUUGGACUGAUGGCUCCCUCCACCAGGGGGACCUCUCGGGGCUGGAGACUGAGGAGGGAGGCCUGGAGGACUGUCAUUCGCAUGGGGUCCUUGCCCCAGGCAGUUGUGGGGGCUUCGGGGGCGGUGGCUCUCCCUCAUCUGAGUCCUUUAUCUCCUCAGAGCUCAGCGACUCUGGCUUCUACAGUGUUAGCACCGGUGAAUUCAGGCACUUCCAGAGGCUUUUGGAGAAGCGUAUGCGGCUGUACAAUGCCAGGCUGCAGCAUCAGGGCGAACCCUGUGAGAGGCGGGAGCGGCGUGACAGCUGCCCCAAGAGCCACCGUGAGCUGCUGGAGGCCAUUCCUGAGGCGCUGACCAUGCAGCCACAGAGUCAGCACCUGCAGGUCGGGAUGGAGGAAGCUGGCUCCGUCAUGGACGUCCCACCCCGCGGACUUUUCAGGGUGUCAUCGGUCCAGUUCCAUAAGGCCGAUCGACCCUGUCUGAACCGGCACAGCUCCAGCAGUGGAGCCCUCUUCAAUCCUUCUCAUGCUCACGCUGCAGUCUCACGAAUGACUGCUCCGAUCCUGUCCACCUGCAGCACCCCCACCAGCCACAGGAGAUCACUGGUACCCAUACAGCAGCACCAUCAAGGCUCCAGCUCAGUGGGGAUGCUGAGGAGAAGCCGAACGCUGCACCAUCGUCCUCCCCCACCCGAGUAUCGACGCAGGGCCAGUCACCCAGCAUCCCCUUCCUACUGCGCAGCGACCCUGCAUCACUGCGGAGGUGUCACGCCACAACACGUCCUGCCACCAGGUCUGCCAGAGGAAGGUGAGCUGGAGGCCGGGGUAAUGUCUUCCCACCCAGCGGCCCUGGCCAUCUCACCCCAGCAACAUUCCACCGCUCUGGGGCACAUGAGGCCUGCGGAAGCCCACGAGCGAUGCUACGACAACAGCAACCAGAUCUCUCACCAUGACUGGUGCUACUCACAAGAAAGAGCCAUGAUGCCUCAGACAAUGCUGACAGAAAGGGACAGAGAGAUCGAGAGGGAACUAGAACAACAAAGGCAACUGCAGAAGGAGUUGGAGCUAAAGAGGGAGAGGGAGGCACAGAUUCAGGAGGAGAUGGACAGAGAGAGGCAGCAGGAGCUGGAGAGGAGCCGAGCCAGGGAGCAGCAGCACCUCCAGAACCUGGUUCACCCUUCACAGGCUGGAGACGUCAACGACACCUGGCCAAAACCAGCCAGUCGACAGUCCCAAGGUUGCGGAGGAGGCAGAGGGCCUUACAGCACCCUGGAGGGCUACAUCGGCCCUGGUGCUGGUGCUGCUGCUGGAUGGGAGGCAAAGAAAGGAAACAUCAAUGCGACGUCAAGCCCUAAUCCCAGUUGUGGUCCAAAAUUUACCCCAAGCUCCAAACCCACCCUGAACUCUCGGAUGGCCAGGAACCAGCUCCUGAGGGACCGGGCAUCUCAGCUGGCGGAUGAACGCAGCGGGAUGAGCACUGAUGAGGAGACCAACACUGACAUCCUGAUGGGUCGUUACUGGAGUCGAACAGAGAGGAGGGAACACUUCCUGUUGGCUCGUGAGCAGAGGCAGCAGCAGCAGCUGCAGGCCAGAGGAAUGGCUAUACGAGAAGCUGUCGGCAGAGGAGGAGCCAUCACAGGUGGAGGAGGAGCCACUUUCAGUGAUGCAGGAAUGCUGGACAGCAGAGGAGUUGGACCUUUUGCAGAAGGACGGUGCAACACCGUCCUGGAGCUGAGUCAGAAGAAACUGAGUCGUUUGAGGAACAGGAAGCUGCUGGAUGACUGGACGACAGUAGAGGAGCUGCUGUCUCAUGGGAACAGGUUGGACAGCUAUGGGAACAUGUUGUGUCCCAGCUCCCUGCUGACGGUCACCACUGUCUAACUGCAUGGACACCACAUCUAACUGUAACUCUGUGUGCGAGUGUGUGUGGGAUAAGAUAUAAAUCAGGCAUUUUUAUAAAUCUACUUGUUCUGUCUUUUCCUGAGUGAGAAGGGAAGAUUGUUGUCAGCUUCAUCUCAAGGACAUUAGCCUUGCUUAGCACUAAUUCAGGAAGCAGAGGGAAAUUGCCAGCCUCAUGCCAUCUAAAAGAAAAGCUUACCCCUCCUCCAGCCACCAGGGGGGGCUAGACAAUAAGAAUUAAUUAUCUGUUGCUCUCAUUUGAUGAAGGAUUUGGAAUUACCUUGAUAAGUAACAAAAUAUAACAUCAGUUUUUGAGUUAAGGUGUGGAGCUGGACUAGCACUGUCAUUUUACUAAGCUAUGCAGAAUGUGCUGGAUUGUGUUCAAGGACAUCUAGAUGAAAUCCCACAAAAAAAUCUGUCAAGUUAACUUGGUUGUUUUCUCUCAUUUGGACUAAUUUGUUAAUAUUAGAUCAAAUAUAAAUCACUGUAUCAGCAAAGCCACCAGGGUCUGGAUGAUGUAAAUUUGUUCAUCAAGUCGACUCAACCCUAACACAUACUUUGUACAUGCUAAGCGAUGUGUGGAUGUCAUAUGUUAUUUAUGACCGCACAAACUGCAUGAGCCUGCAGCACAGGGUGGACUGACCCGCUGUGUCCUUGUAUUGUCGGGAUUUCAGUCACGAGCGGAAACAAGGUCCUCGUCAUUCCUGAAUCUCGAAGCUCAAAGAUGAAGCUGAGACUCAUCUUCUCUCCAAACUCAGUGGAAGACGGAGAACGAGGGGUUUUAUGGAAAUGCUGGACUGUUCCUUUAAUGAAUGUGUGCGUGGGAGAGGGAACCUCACUGUCAUCGCUGUACAUCACCUCGACCGAUAGCUUUUUUUUGUGCGAGCGUGUGUCACCAUUGUACAGCACUCCGGACAAAAUGUGUUUGUCAGUGCAUGACGCCUGUAAUGACAGACAACAGAACAAGGUCAGCUGAGUGUGUUUGCAUCACGUGUUUCAUGCAGGAUCUUUGUUUGUCUCACAGUAUCUUUGACAAAAAUGACCAGAACCUUGGGUUUGGACUUAAAUCCUCAAGCAGAUCUUGAUGUUUUGGGGAGCAAUACCGUUCUGCGUGCUGAAUACCUGGUUGUGCACUAACGAUAGAUCACAUACAACUACUUUUUGCGUCAGGGCCACAGAACACAUCAACUGUAGCGGUGCAGACAGUGACGGCUGAGAGUGGAUACCAAAUCCUGGAUCGUCUUUUUUUAUAGAAACUCUGUUUACAAGUAAGAAUAAUAAUCGGUGGGAGCUUUUGUAACUCAAUGAUCAAGACACAAUCUGAUUCACUUGCUUGUGCAGCACUAGUUGAACCUGGGAUGAUCACAGAUGGGGAACAAUGCACCACAGAGGAUUUCGAUCACAGCUUCUCUCUGCUGCACAAAUUAAGGCUGCAUUCACGUUUCAGUCCUGCACAAACAUGCAGCUGAGUGGAACAACAUGUUUACGUCAAAGUGUAACUCUGAGGUGGAGGUUUGAGGAACGUCUGACAGGUCACGUGUUCAGUAACAUCCGGCAUGUUUAAAACAAGUACUGUCAAAAUACAACAGCAGCAAAGAUGGAAAAGAAAAUUACACAUUUUCUUCUCCAGAAAAUGUGAAUUAAUAUCAAAAAACUUAAUAUCAUGUUAUUUCUGAUAUUACUCAACUAAACGUGCAAUUUUAAGUUAAGUGAUCAGACUAUAGUAGAUGGAUUGGAGGUGGCUAUCAGGAGUUAGCACCAAUCACUGCAACUCACGGUCUGAAAGCCCCCCCCCCCCCCCCAGAGUUUGUUUGAUAACGAGAAGUUUUACCACAUUCUUACUGUUCUGCUUGAAUGCAGCAGAGACAGUGUGGCUGGUGUUCUCGGCUCAUGGCUCCUCGUUCCUGCAGGUGUCUUUACUGUUGUCAGGAUGUUUACAGAUCUACCUACACCAGGUAACAGCUUAUGCACAUUCACUGAAAUCUGCAAUCGACUGCAUGCAGAUGAUUUUAAAGACGAGAACACACACCUCAAGUCGUGAGGUUGUCCGGACUAUAGAGCAGCGUGGUUGCUGUCAGGACACACAAAGCUCAAGUCAGCGUUGUUGACAUUCCACUACACAAGAGGGAACAACGUAAAUCUGAAAUCGACUGAUUCCAGGUCUGCCGUUUGGGAAAAUGUGCAAUAUUACCUCAAGCUAGUUUUAAUAUGACAAUGAUGAUGUUGUGUGCGCUCUCUGACAGGUCUCCAUUGAAUGCAGUGACGGAUGCACAAAAGGGGUGAAUUACGACAAGUGCACAGUAAUCCUAUAAUCUAAAAUGGAAAGAGCAAAGGUUGUGUUGAUGUUCAUAUUAUUUCUCUGCAUUUUUUUCCAUGAGAGGGACCUAAGAAAACAACUUUUGCACAUAGUUUUUUUAUAUUUAAAAGUUCUCCCUACCUUUCUCUACCAGGGACCUAGGCCAGUGGAACGACUGUAGAUAGAAUGACAGUGUGUGUUGAUGUUUUCUUUAUAAACUAUCAUAGUGAUUUAUGGAGGAAAAAAUACAGUUUAUUGUCAUUGUGUUGGACAUAUUUCAAUAUUUUCCUUGUGAUGGUUAUAAAAACAACAAAAAACCGUUUUUAUGAUCUUUAAAAUCGAAUUCAUUUAAUUUAAAAAGCUGGUAAAACUUUGAUUUGCCUUUUUUCAAAGAGUGAACACAAAUUGUGAAUAUUAUUAUUAUUGUCUCUUUAAAUGGAUAAAUUGAAUUUUACUGUUGUUUUGUGUCAUUAUGACAUGUACAUAUUGAUUUUGUGCAAAGGUGCGGAUGAGGACCAGGUUAGUAACAGGACACGCUGACGUCAUUAGACGUCUCCAGUGGUUUGAUCGUGUGAUUCUGUCGGAUUGUAGCUGUGUUACGGAGGCUGUACAUACAGCACGGAGAUUAACAUUGUAGUAUUAGUACAUAUUAGUUUAAAACUCACAAUAUUGUCAACAUUCAUAGAAAGUGGUUCAGUUUGUUCUGAAUGUUACAUGUGACAUCCAUAAAUUAUGAGUAGAAUCACUGACACUAAUUCUUAAGGAAACGUUAGGAUAUUUUCUGUCUUCUCCAGAGUCAAAUGUAUUUGAUGGAUAUGAGUUUUAUUUCCCAGUGUCCAGUACAAACACCAUUCAAGGAAAUAAGCCUUGUAAAGCAUAACUACUGGAAGCCAAAGAAAACACACACGUGACAAGUGUGGCUCAAAACACACUUUUCAACAACUACAAUGUGUAAAGCACAGGUGAAAAUCAAACAGGUAGAAAGUAGCUGCUCUAUGCUAACUCAAAAUGUCUGCUGUGAUAUGAAAUAACAGAAAGUUAAAGUUAAGCCAGGGGACAAUGCGAUACGAUAUGAUACAAAAUGAUACAAUAUGAUACAAAAUGAUACAAAAUGAUACAAUAUGAUACAAAAUGAUACAAAAUGAUACAAUAUGAAACAAUAUGAUACAAAAUGAUACAAUAUGAUACAAAAUGAUACAAAAUGAUACAAUAUGAUACAAUACGAUACAAAAUGAUACAGUACAAUAUGUAAUGGUGUGAUACAUCUCAUUCAUGCGCCCGACUACAUUUCUGUGAACAGUUUUCCCACCAUCUUCCCAUCUGUAACCAGGGAAACAGCACACACGCACAAACCAGUGAUGUGGGCGUGAUUCAGAGCUGGGAGUAGGGACGUCCUGGUUACCAGGCGUGAGCAGUGGGUUUGUUUAAAUCUGACAGAGCCGGAGUUUCUGAAAGGUGGAUUCUUCCCCCAGAGGCUCACAGGGUCUCUUUGUGCUUCCUAAUUCUGCUCAGCUAAGCACGUCCUGCACCCGUCACCGUGCUGGACAGAUGCAAGGGGACGUCCAUCUUGUCCUCUGACUCUGGAGAAGAUGGAGAGCGUAAAAAAUUUACAGACAUUUCACAGUGUUUUUUUUUUAUCUUUAACACAUUUUAAACCCUGAUGAAAAAUAGAGAGGUGCUGUAGGUUUGAUUCCACACCCCCCCCCCCCCCACACUCCCACUCUGUCUCAGCUGUGACUCAAACAGUCUGAAUAAUGGAUGACGAAAAGAGAAUAUUUUUCUUCUCACCCCCCCGCCCCUUCACUCUCUCUCUGCUUACGUUACACAAGAGCACAGAGAGCUGAAAAUAGCGCUGCUGUCCUCAUGUGAUGUGAAAUUAAAAGCACACUGGAGCGGAGACGCUUGCUGCCCGGAGAACGCAACACUUGUUUCCCUCCAUCUGACAAUCCCUCCAUCCGGCCUGCAACCCCUCCCCCAUCCGUCCGUGCGAGGGUACUUUUCACCACAGCAAGCUUUUUUGGAAUAUGAUGAUGUACAUGUGAUUGUAAUAAAGAGAUUUUAAUUAGCUAUGA